CAGCCGUUGCAGCCAUCUUUGUUAUGGACAUGCAGACGAUAUGUUUUAUGAAAAUAUAUGCACAUAUUAUUAUAUGAUGACACAACUGUUGUUAACGUAAUCUGACGUAGGGAAAUGUAAGCCGAAUGCAACAAAAAGGUGACGGAUAACGAAACCUGAAACAGGGAAAGGUGGACGUAAACCUUUCAUUUCCACAUCUCAUCUAUGAAUUUGGUCGCGCACAAUCAUCAGGCAUGUGAAUGUGGUUAUCAACGUGUGAAAAUCGAUCUUCAUUACAAAGAUAGUAAUUAGUGAUGCAGCCAAAUAUUUUAUGAUGUGCCUGGUUAGCAGAUUAGCUAUAAACAGAUUGCCUCCGGCCAGUAUGACGUAAUACUCGCCUUUAAACUUAUCUUCAUGUAUAUCUAUUUUUUUUUAUAAAUAGAAUAACAUGAAAGUAUCCAAAGUUUGCCAUGGUAUAAAAUACAUAAUGCUCAUUCAUGAAUGACCAAAUACUCUCAUAAUAUAUUGUCAAAUUAUUAUUAAUCGCCCGAGUUGUUUUUGUUUCUUAAUUUUGUUAUCUUAUUUAAUUUAUUAUUUUACCAAAAGCAUAAUGAAAAGGUUUCCUUUUUACCCAUUUUCACCAAUAAGUGUUCUGAUUGAUUAUUUUUAAAAAUGUAUCAUUUGCGAUAAACUAUACCCGCAGUCAUUGUAUCAUUACCAUGGUGAAAUUAAAAACGCCCCUACCUACAAGAGAGGAAUUAUUUCAUUUACAAACUAUAUUCAAAGAAUAUUUUGUCUCGGAAUUUCUUAAAAAGAAGCGGAAAUAUGAGAAUCGAAUGCAAACAGUGUUUUCAUAUAGUAACGAUUUAGAUUCUAGUUUGGAUUUUUUAGCGUUAGGACAGACAAAAGGGGAAAUAACUCUAGCAGCACUAAGGAAAUUAAGAUUUUCGAGCGUCCACAAAAACCUUCCUCAUCUGUUUAGAUUUGUGUAUGAUAUUGUAAAGUGUUACAAAGCAGCAAGAAUUAUGCAUAAACUAGAGGGAAUACCAGAUGAUGAUAUCGAAGAAACUUUAAAAGAAAUAGCCAGAGAGCUGGCUAUAUCUUACGAGUAUCAAAUCGCCAUGUUAUCCAAAACCAUGGACAUUACACAUUUAGCAAAGUACGCAGUCGUGUGCACAAUAGAGAUUUUGAAAGAGAAAGACGGUAUUUUUAGUUAUUCUGAAAUAAUUAAAGGUAUCGUCGACCAUACGGAGGUCUUCAAAGAGCAGGAGUUAGAAGUGGCAACUCGCAUGGUUUCUAGUGGAAUCACUGUCAAAUGGAAAAUCUCGGACAUAUUUCUGUUGCCUGGGUUACGAGUACCGGUGCAAGAUACACGACCACCAGAAAAUUGCACAGGUACCGAUGAAACGUCUCCUUUAUUACCGUAUUAUAAGCUUAGCGUCGAAGAUGCUCAAAAAUAUCAUAGUCUCAUCUCGUAUCAUUUUCCAUGUGGACCAACCGUAAAGGAACUGAAAAAAGCAAAAAUGAACAAAAGGAAAGAAGAAAAGGAAGAUUUUCCAGUUAAGGAGAUUGUAGUAGCCGAAGACACCGCAUUUGGAGAAGUGUGUGAGUACGUCAACAUGUGUAAUGUAACGUUUCGUUUUUUCUGUUGUUUUUCACCUUAUGGAUGUGCUUGUGAUUUUCAAUCGUACGGAUACAGAGCACCCAUUCAUAUAUGGAACUCAGAGAAGGGGAGAUACGAAAUGAUCGCGAGAGACGCAAUAACAACACAGCAUUAUGAUAAGUGUGAAGUUCCACUGGAUGUGGGCUUACAUCAGAGUUACAUACCAAAAACAGGUUGUCAACACAUGCUUGAACAUUCUGUUACGACUUAAUGUAGAGGGAAUAUUGACCCGUCUUUCCAAAACUUGAAAGGGUUAACUGGUCUUUACGCUAUGCGUUAAAAUCGCUAUUAAAUUGAGAAAUCGACCGUUCUAGUUUAUAAUUUGUCUCGCUGUCACAUAAAUAGCAAUUUGAAAACGCCCUCAGUCUGGGAUUUUCUGAAUGGGGGUGAUUAGUUUUCACUAUCUUCAGGAAAUCUAUUGAAAACGAACGCAUUCUUGAACGUAACAUUUUUUUUACCUCUUUUUUACGAUCUUUCCCCGAAAAAAAUCACGACAAACUAUUUAAAAACCUUUGCUUCCCGACAAAGAGAUAUGAGAAAAGAAAGAAGCCCCAUCGGACCCAGCCAUGAGCCAUAUAAAUUGAUUUAUCUGCGAAUUUCCGUGCGUAUCGUCACUUGCAGUACGGACGAUGAUUCGCAUGGAAAGUUGCAGAGGUUGCAGUUUAUACUGCUCCGUUUAUACUGCAAUUCUGCGCGGGAAAUCAUCAUUCGUACUGAAAACUACGAUACGUGCGAAAAUACGCAGAUGGAAGUGGUGCAUUUAUGAUUUGACCAUGCCCGGCUACACAUACGUCACAUGUAUGGCUUUUGACCUCGCACACUGAUUGGCUAAUGAAAUUCGUUCACGCGAACGUUUCCGAAAUAUUUUCUGUGAGGGCAAUCUGCGGAUUGAAAUAGCAGUUAAGCAAUCAAAUGCGGUCGCUUCUGAGGUUGCGGUCGCGUUCGCGCUCAGUAUAAAUGAUCCUUUAAGUCUACGGCAAAGGUUAGUUGAUCUGUCAACAAUCACAGUUUAAAACUCGCCCGAUCCAACAUUGUAGGUUAGGUUAUGAAGAGACGGUUAAACAGUGUGUUCAACUGCAAAUUGAGAAACUUACUCCCUGAAGUUUUGGUGUUCAGUUUGUUUGGGAACUUGGUUCUUAUUAGCGAUAAUAUGAAAUUUGAAUCUCAUCAUAUAAACUAAGUGCUUCUGCAUAAGAACAAACGAACAACACCCUUAACAUUUUCAGUAUACAUGUAAUUCAUCAGUGGGGACUUUUAUGGAAAUGCUCAAUCGAACAUAUUUAUCGUAUAUAUACAUUGUCAUUAUUCUCGCUAGCCAAUUUUUACAACUUCAUAUAUAUAUUUUCAGUCUAGUCAUUAAUAUUCCUUUAUUUUAUUCAGCAAAUUGCUGCAGUUGUUGGUUUUUUUUUAUCGACUUCACGGUCAGGAUGUCCGUGUUUGCAUAUCAUAUCCAACUGUUUUCCAACAGGGACCAAAGGUUUUACACAUUGUGUUUUUUAAUAAAAUAUUUAUUGUAAUUGUUUGUUCUGUUGCUUUAUAUGUCUCUUUGAGUGGUUGUCAAUGGUUAUGUUAUUGUUAUUGACUUUUGUAUGAUAUUAGGUUGAUACUUUAAAAGGUUAUUAUUGUGUGUAUCGAAAUAUUGAAUUUCAUUAGAAUAUGUAAGUUACUCAUAAUAUGAAACAGAUAGCUUUGGAUAUCCAGAAAUUGAUUAAAUUUUGUGUGUUUUUUCUAAUGAAAUAAAGAACAAAAACAUCAAAUGAGCUAAAAACUAAUAAUUAACAACAUAUCUUUCUUUAUUCUUUGUGAACAUGAAUGAUAAUUGAUAUCAGAUAAUAUACAAAAUAUCACAACAGUCUUGUUUGGUAUCGAAGAUAUAAACAGUAAAUUAAAAGUUGUCGGUAGAGAUUCGUGUUUUAUCUUGUAUUAAAUUAUGUAUGUAUUGAUAAGUUUGAUAGGAAUAAAUGGUAUAAGACAUUCUAUUUAUAAUUUCAAAUCCCGACAAUAUUGUUCUGUUGUAUUAGAUGCAGUAAUAUAUCUUUGCGAAAGCAUGAAUAUCUCAAAAUACUUUGCAUUUUGUUUGAAUAAUGUCAUUCUGUUUUAAAGAAUGAAUUUUAAAUUAUAUAUUUUGAAUCAUAUUUUCUGUAAAGUUUUUUUUAUUUGGCGAUAUCACAGCAAAUUGAUUUUACAAAACACCCAAAUCAUUGGAAUUUAAAAGCUGUUAUAAAAUGUAUGUGGUUUUGUAUUAAAACAUAUCAGCUAUGGUAUUGUGUGUACAUGUACUUCCAAGGUUCAACCAUAAACAGCCACAGGUGCCAUAUUGCGUUGAAUGCCGUGUAUUUAUUUUUUUGCUCAUGUCAUUUAUGUUUUAUAAAUAAAACGAAAAUGGUCUA